AUGAGAUUGUUUCAACAGUAUUUAGUCGAUGCGUUUACAUAUAUCGAGGAUAGUCGCCUCCAGUUUUAUGCAACAUAUCAGGAAACUGUUUGUUCCGAAUAUGUUGGAGGCCUUUAUGAUGCAUUAUCGAAAGGUGAUAAGGAGUCCCGAUCAGUUGGAAAACAUGUAUUCCUACCAGCAUCUUUUACUGGUGGUCCAUGUUAUAUGUAUAGCCACUAUCAAGAUGCUUUAGCGAUCUGUAGGGUACACGGAAAUCCACAGUAUUUCAUUACAUUUACAUGCAAUGUCGAAUGGCCGGAGAUUACACGGUAUAUGGACAUGCAUGAUCAGAGAGACCCGCAAAGCAGAGCAGAUAUCAUUGCUAGAGUAUUCAAGCUGAAAGUACAAUCCUUCAUAAACUACCUAAAGCAGGAUAAACCUUUUCGAGAAAUCGAUGCAUAUUUGUACACAAUUGAAUUUCAAAAAAGAGGACUUCCCCACUGUCACACAUUAAUUUGGGUAAAUGUUGAAUACAAGAUAAAAACUCCGGAAGAAGUUGAUGCGUUUAUUACAGCAGAACUGCCGGAUCCAUUACUAAAGCCUCAACUAUAUGCAACUAUAACGACGUGCAUGAUCCAUGGUCCGUGUGGAUUGCUCAAUGAAAGAGCUCCAUGUAUGAAGGAUGGAAAGUGCAGCAAACAUUUCCCAAAGCCAUUCCUCAUCGCUACAGUCUUUGAUACAGAAGGUUACGCUCGCUACAAACGCGAACCAGAUGCCCAACACACAACAUCAUGUGGAAUCAUUAUCCACAAUGGAUAUGUUGUGCCAUAUAACAAGAAACUUUGCUCGAGAUUCGAAGCUCAUAUAAAUGUAGAAUAUUGUGGGUGGAACAUGAUGAUCAAAUACCUUUUUAAGUAUAUCUCAAAGGGAACAGAUCGUGUCAGAUAUGUCGUUCAAAAGGAUGUAGGUGUCAAUGAUGCUGGACCAAGCAACACUGUAAACGAACAACCGGAUGUCAUGUGUCAAGAAAAGCAACACAUCGAUGAGAUAAAAACAUAUUUGGAUGGUAGAUAUAUUUGCCCACAUGAAGCAGCAUGGCGAAUAUUUGAUUUCCCUAUACAUCACCGAAAUCCAGUGGUCCAGGUACUCUCAGUUCAUGAAGAAAAUAGUCAGUCAAUUCUCUUCAAGGAAGACACAACAAUAAUACAGGUUCUCCGUAAUCCAUCUGCUACUAGGACAACCCUUUUAGCAUGGUUUGAAAGCAAGGCAAAGGACCCGACAGAUCCAAACCUUUUGUGGCAAGAGGCUUAUGAAAAAAUGUCAGACGACUACAUUUAUAGAUUAAAAUCAACAUUACCUGAUAAGGCUUUCUCUGCAACAGACGAUGUAGUUCGUCAGCAAUUACUUCAUGAUCUAGAAGACAUGCUCUCUUCUUCUGUUCCAGCAAGAUCACUUGCUCAUUUCAAUUUGCCCAUGCCAUCACCUGUUAUGCAUACAAUUCUCCAAAAUCAACUACUCCUGGAAGAGAUGACUUAUGACAAAAGGGUUUUGGCAGAUCAGCAUGCACAAUUGCUUCCACAACUAAAUACGCAACAGAUGGCGAUCUAUGGAAAUGUUGUUUCCUACGCCGCUUCCGGAAUAGCAUCAUUGCUUUUGCCUUCUGGAACCACAACACAUUUGAGAUUUAAGAUACCGAUUGAUCUCGCCAGCAACAGAUCAUGCGAUAUAAAAAAAAGGACAUCACUAGCGGAUCUUAUGAAGCAUACAUCACUCCUCAUAUGGGAUGAAGCCCCUAUGAGUGAUAGACGAUGCUUUGAAUAUCUUGAUAGGUCUUUACGGGAUGUACUUGACCGUGACGAGAAGCCAUUCGGUGGUAUUUCAGUCCUUCUUGGUGGUGACUUUCGACAAACACUACCCGUUUUGCCAAAAGGCACACGAUCGCAAAUCAUAGAUCUUACACUGCCAAACUCAUAUCUAUGGAAGUUUUUCGACAUUCAGAUGUUGACUCAAAACAUGAGGCUCAGUUCCAAUGAGGAUAGCAAUCCGCAGACAAUGUCAACAACCUUCUUUGCCGAAUGGCUACUUCAAAUUGGUGAGGGCAUAGUUGGACGGCCUGAUCCAGAUGAUCCACGCGACACGUCUUUGAUUCAGAUCCCUCAUUCAUUGCUGAUACCUCCAGCUCAUGACUCACUACAACAACUGAUACGUUUCGUAUACAACACAAAAUUACUUAAUGCUCCGACAGUAAUCGAUCUAUCAACACGAGCGAUUGUCUGUCCAACCAAUGAAGCCGCCGAUAAUAUCAACAACAUGAUCCUCAAAUCGGUUGACACGCAUAGCAGGACAUAUAACAGUACGGAUGCAAUGGAACCGAACGGAAAGCACACAUCAGAUUUAGAGGGAUUGUUCCCCAUAGAAUACCUAAAUCAGUUGACUUUCCGAGGAAUACCACCACACACAUUGGAAUUAAAGUUGAAGACACCCAUAAUGUUAAUGCGAAACAUCAGGCAACGAGAUGGCUUAUGUAAUGGAACCAGACUAAUUGUCACACAACUUCUGCCAGUAGUGAUUGAGGCGACUAUAAUCACAGGGACAUCCAUCGGACAACGAGUCUAUAUACCUCGCAUAAAGUUCAUCCAUAAGCCAUUAGAUUUGCCCGUCUCCUUUACACGAAAGCAAUUCCAUGUUAAAUUAUGCUAUGCAAUAACAAUCAACAAAAGCCAAGGCCAGUCUCUGAAAAAAAUCGGUGUUUACCUGUCUCAACCCGUUUUCUCACAUGGGCAGUUGUAUGUAGCACUUUCUAGAGCAACUUCCCCAGAUUUAUUGAAGAUCCUUAUAGAAAGAGGUGAUGCUAUGCCAUACAACGAAACAAAAAAUGUUGUGUAUAGAGACUUAUUACACAAAAUCACUGCAAUUGAGAUAUGUAGUAAAUUACAGAACAGAUUAUCAUCUUUUGCAUAG